UUAACCCUCUAAGUGCCACGGGACGUGGAUUCUACACCCUGGGUACCAAAGGACCUAAGUGCCACGGGAUAUACAAUCUACGUCCUGCAGUACUUUCGGGUUUACACGCGCUGUGCUUGUUUUUAAAGCAUUGCAUCGCUUGUUAACCCCUCACAUCCCCCUAGGCAACGAGCAAAGACAGUCAGACUUACCGAUUGGGUCCCCCAGCCAAUGACACUGCUGUCCCUUUAAAUAGCGCCCCCCCUACGUCGCCUCCUCCAUUCCUGCUGCGCACGUGUGACUGCUGGGGCCCCCCUGCUGUGGUCUCGCUGCCUUCCUGCCGGAUUGGUCGCCCCUGAUCGCCUGCCUGCCUUGUGCCCCUCCCUCCCACAAGGAGCCAAUGGGAAUGUGGGAGGAAGCGAGUGACCCAGUGAUGGGGAAGAAGGAUAAAAAUGAGGAGCGGAAGGAGAGAAUCCUGAAUCUCACACUGGAGAUUAUCUAUCUGCUGACUGGAGAGGGCUACGUCAUCCCUAAGAAGAAGAGCCCAACUGUGGGUUUGGGGGCCCUGCAUGCCCCUGGCUCCGUCAUACAGAAGGAAAAUGACAAGAAGAUCCUGGAACUCAUCUCCAACAUCAUCCAGCUGCUGACUGGAGAGGUUGCCAUAAGGUGUGAGGAUGUUUCCAUCUAUUUUUCCUUGGAGGAGUGGGAGUAUAUAAAAGGAAACAAGGCCCUUUACAGGGAAGGGAUAAAGGAGGAGGAGGAGGAGCCCCAGCAGCUCCGCCCACUGGCAGCCUGUGAGUAUAAAGAUGGGAGCGAUGUUACAGCACAUACGGAAGCAACUUUAUGUUGUAAUAAUGAUGGGAAUCUCACAAACCCUGAUGUUUCUCCAGCGGAACAGCCCCCACCGGCCAAUGGGAUUAAAGAGGAAGAGGCUUCAUGUGAAGAGGAAACCCAAUCAGAUUGCAGCAUUAAUCCCCUUACAGAACAGAUACAGGGAACAAAUACUCCUAUCAUGGGGAGAAGCCAGAAUACCUUACAAAUGACGGGUAAUAAUCAUGAUGAAAAUUCCCACCAAUCUCCACAUAAAUCUCAUAUAACAAAAAAUAAAUUACGUAGAAAAUACAGCUGCAAUGAGUGUCAGAUACAUUUUAGUAAUAAAAGAGAUUUUCAUAAACACCAGAGAACCCACAAAAGAGAGAAACUUUUUCCUUGUUCUGAAUGUGGAAAAUGUUUCUCAAGAAAAUUUUAUCGUGAUUGUCAUCAAAGGACUCACACAGGGGAGAAACCAUUUUCAUGUUCUGAAUGUGGGAAAUGUUUUUCAGAGCAAUCCCGUCUUAAAAUUCAUUAUAGAACCCACACAGGGGAGAAACCAUUUUCUUGUGUAGAAUGUGGGAAAUGUUUUUUAAGAAAACCUCAUCUACAUAGUCAUCAAAUGACUCACAAAGGGGAGAAACCAUUUUCAUGUUCUGAAUGUGGGAAAUGUUUUUCAAAUCAAUCUACUCUGAAAAUUCAUAAUAGAACCCACACAGGGGAGAAACCAUUUUCUUGUUCUGAAUGUGGGAAAUGUUUUUCACGGCAAUCCCAACUUAAAAUUCAUUAUAAAACCCACACAGGGGAGAAACCAUUUUCUUGUUCCGAAUGUGGGAAAUGUUUUUCAAGAAAAUCUGAGCUUGAUCGUCAUCAAAGGACUCACACAGGGGAGAAACCAUUUUUAUGUUCUGAAUGUGGGAAAUGUUUUUCACAGCAAUCCCACCUUAAAAUUCAUUAUAAAACCCACACAGGGGAGAAACCAUUUUCUUGUUCUGAAUGUGGGAAAUGUUUUUUAAGAAAAUCUAAUCUAGAUCGUCAUCAAAGGACUCACACAGGGGAGAAGCCAUUUUCUUGUUCUGAAUGAGGAAAAUGAUUUGCAUGGAACAGUUGUCUAAAAAUACUUUCACAAUGAGGAAAACCGUAAACUCGUUAUACAAAGGGAGCAUCAGGCAAACAUUCUCUUUCAAGCAGAUUCCAUCUUAAUAUAUGUUUCAGUAUUUACAGAGAGGAACACAUUUGUGCCCCAUAAAAUAUUUCCUUAAGAGAAUCCUAAAGACUCCUGAUGGGCACUGGGCAAUUCUGAGACUGGGGGGGCACCAAAGCAGAAUGCACCAUAAGUACCUUCCCCCGGCACUGGCUCUGCAUUGGGAACUGAGGAGCCCUCUGGGAUAUAUCUCCCCCUCCCCCCAACAGAUAAUAUU